CUCCCUCUCUCCUGGAAUCUUUACCCUCCCGACUCUCUGACACUCGAUCGCAACACCCAACUCCACUAUGGCUCCUCACAAUGUCCGAUGGGGUAUUAUGGGUGAGACGACACUCCCAGCCACUGGCGGGAUCGCUAGUACCUUCGUGCGAGACCUGCUGAGAGACCCCAGCAUCCGCGGCACCGCAGAUGUCUCGCACACCGUGGUCGCCGUGGCAUCCUCCUCCCACCAAUCUCGUGCAGAGAAGUUCAUCUCUGAUACGGGCAUCCCGACCCCCUGCGCGGCCUAUGGAUCCUAUGAGGAACUUGUGGCCGACGGCAAUGUGGACGUGGUGUACGUCGCAACGCCGCAUUCCCACCAUUUCCAGAACGUCAUGCAGGUGCUGGAGGCGGGCAAACAUGUUCUGUGCGAGAAGUCCUUUACCGUCAACGCAGCUCAGGCAAAGAUCCUGUGCGAGACGGCCCAGAAGAAAAACCUUUUCCUGAUGGAGGCUGUCUGGACUCGGUAUUUUCCACUGAGUAUUCAGGUGCGCGAAUUGAUCCAGAAGGGCGCCAUCGGAGAGGUGCUGCGUGUUGUUGCCGACAACAGCUUCGGUGACGAUGUCGAGGAGAAAUGGGGAACGGAGCAUCGCAUGGUCAACAAGGAUCUGGCGGGAGGCUGUUUGCUGGACCUCGGCAUCUACUCUUUGACCUGGGUAUUCCAGACUCUGUAUCACACACUCCCCCGUGCUCAGCGGAAACCUCCGUCUGCUAUCUCGGCUCACAUGGCUCUAUACCACCUCACCGGGGCCGACGAAGCAACCACCAUCCUCCUCAGCUUUCCGACCAGCACACCGUCCAACCUUCCGCACCCAGGCCAAUCGCAGGCGGUGGCCAUGACGCAUCUCCGACUCUCCACCGACCCCGACGAGCGCAAUUCCGCCCGUCCCGCCAUCCGCAUCCAAGGUACCAAGGGUGAGAUUCAGGUCGACGGACCUGCGUUCCGACCACAGCGCUACCGCCUCAUCCCCAAGAAGGGUGAAGGCGAGAUCAAAGAAGUUGACUUUCCUUUCCCCGGAGAUGCCAUGGGCAUGUUCUGGGAAGCCGACGAGGUAGCCCGGUGUCUGCGAGACGGUAAGCUGGAGAGCGACACUCUGCCCUGGGAGGAAAGCAUUGUUAUCAUGGAAGUCAUGGACGAAGUCCGACGCCAGGGCGGAUUGACUUAUCCGGAGAAGAUCGAAUCUACUGUCUAUCCUACACAGCUGUAGAAGCGGGUCAAAGCACAGCCAGUCGCCUAUUGCUUCAUACAUUUUUGGAAUUUUGGAACAAUUACCUACUAUACAUAGCGCCGAGGUUGCCGCCAUAUGAUGUCUAUGCUUCGACAUCCGCAAAACAAACUUGGUUCAUCAAAAAUCGAAAAAAUAAAAGAAAAGAAAAGAUCUCUUGUACUGUAAUCCAGCAAGCCGACAGUUCUCGCUAUC